GCAUUAAAAAAAAAACAUCGAUGGUCCAGUGUAGCUGCGAGUCCAGUUGUUUUCACACUCGCACAAAGGACCACAGCGCUGACACUGCAAAGAGAUGCGCAAAUAAGAAGCGACUAUAGAGACACAAACGACUUCAAAGCGAAGAGAAAGCAAGAAGAGAGAGAGUUUGACAAGUGUUUUCGGACGCAUACCUGAUUGGGGGGGAAAAAAGCGAACAUGGUGUCUGCCGGGCUGGAGAUUGUGGGACUGUCGCUGUGCGUGGUCGGCUCUCUUUUGGUGAUGGUGGCGUGCGGGCUGCCCAUGUGGAAGGUGACCGCGUUCAUCGAGGCCAACAUCGUGGUGGCGCAAACCAUCUGGGACGGCCUGUGGAUGUCGUGCGUGGUUCAGAGCACUGGCCAGAUGCAGUGCAAGGUGCACGACUCAGUGCUCUCCCUCAGCCACGACCUGCAGGCUGCCCGGGCGCUCACCAUCAUCUCGUCGGUGAUGGGCGUGUUGGGGCUCAUGGUGGUGAUCGCCGGAGCGCAGUGCACCAACUGCAUCCGCAACGAAUACGUCAAGGCGCGGGUGGUGAACGCGGGCGGGGUGAUCUACAUCAUCAGCGGCUUCUUCGUGCUGGUGCCCCUGUGCUGGAUGGCCAACAACAUCAUCUCGGAUUUCUACAACCCGCAGGUGCCCGGCUCCAAGAAGCGGGAGAUCGGCGCCGCGCUUUACAUCGGCUGGGCGGCCACCGCGCUUCUGCUGAUAGGGGGGUCCAUUCUGUGCUGCUCUUGCCCCUCCGGAGGGAACGCGGGGUACUCGGUCAAAUACGCGCCCACCAAGAGAGCCACGCCGAACGGGGACUAUGACAAACGGAAUUAUGUGUAGCCCCACUCGGACUUUUUAAUUUUUUUUAAACACCUGCCUUUAUUUUCUCGACUCAUUCAAUUCGCUUGGACCAUGUUUUUCCUAUCAGGACCCCUCAGCCCCACCCCACCCCCACAUUCUCUUCUUUUGGAACCCUCAAACUACAACCGACAAAAGGAGUACAGCAUCUUUGUUCGGUACAUGCUUUUGUAAGGUUUUUUUUUUCAUGAUUGAUUUUUUUUUUUGUAGACGAACUCAUGCCAUUGACUCCAACAUAUGCUUUGCCUGCCAAUCUGUACAGUAAUUGAGAAAAAUAUUGCACUCCAUAAAUGAUGACAUUAAAACAUGUAUAAGAGAUGUAUCAGAAAAGUUCCAGGACUGAAAAAGAGAUAUAUUUAAAACUCAAACUAGGAUUUCUUUUUCUCGCCUUGUGGUGUUUGCUUUAUUCGAUGCAUGAGAAGAGAUAAAUUCUCACGAUGCCCCGAGCUUUGGGCAGGUCCUGGCCACGCUGUAGCAAUCUCCCUAUUCACUCCUCUUUUCUAAGAUCAAAGAAACCUGCUUUGUAGAUGUGAAUUACAUUAAAAUGGCGGCGAUAACGGAGGAUCCUUGAAGAAUCCUUCAAGGAACAGAUGAAGGUGUGGCAGAGAAGGCUGGUAUCCAGAGGAAUGACUUCCAAGAGGAAAACUUGUUGAUUGGGUUUGAAGUAUAUCUUUUAUGACGCCAGUCCUAGAACUUUUUGGACACACCUCGUAAUAAUUUUUUUUUUAAAGUAACUUUGUAUUGUUGAUGUGCUGGGAUUGAUGACUGGGACGUUUUUGUCUGUUAUUUCCAAGCACCUGCUGGCAUCGUGACCACUGCAGGAACGCUCAAUUCAUUUCUCAAGUUCCUGCAAUUGUUUGCCUUCUUUCUUUGAUGUAGUGAUUGAUGUAUAAGAAGAUGCAAUAUUGUUUCCCUUUUUAUGAAGAUUAAACUUACUAUAUUUGUGUGGAA